CGCCGCUCGGCCCCAGUCGGAAGCGCCAGCCGUGAGCCGGGGGAGCGGCCGCUGAGGCAGCUCGGCCCGCUGCCCGUCAGGCCGUUGGCUCCUGCUCCGGCCCGGGCCACCGGCUGUAGGAGAGGAACUGAACACUCCCCUAACCAGACCUGUGUUGAAUGCCAGUGUCCCCCUGUCUUCAGGCAGAACGGCAUCUACAGCACACGUGACUUGGCCUUCAGGAUGAGCGUCCCUGACUACAUGCAGUGUGCUGAGGACCACCAGACCCUGCUGGUGGUUGUGCAGCCCGUGGGCGUGGUCUCCGAAGAGAACUUCUUCAGCAUCUACCGGAGGAUCUGCUCCGUGAGCCAGCUGAGCAUGCGGGACUCUCAGCGUGCACUCUUCAUCCGUUACCGGCACCACUACCCGCCCGAGAACAAUGAGUGGGGCGACUUCCAGACGCACCGCAAGGUUGUGGGCCUCAUCACCAUCACUGACUGCUUCUCUGCCAGGGACUGGCCUCAGACCUUCGAGAAGUUCCAUGUGCAGAAGGAGAUCUAUGGCUCCACGCUGUACGACUCCCGGCUCUUUGUGUUCGGGCUGCAGGGGGACGUGGCGGAGCAGCAACGCCCUGACGUGGCCUUCUACCCCAGCUAUGAGGACUGCAGCUCCGUAGAGAAGCGCAUCGAGGACUUCAUCGAGUCACUCUUCAUUGUGCUCGAGUCCAAACGCCUGGAUAGGGCCACGGACAAGUCUGGGGACAAGAUUCCCCUCCUCUGCGUCCCCUUCGAGAAGAAGGACUUCGUGGGACUAGACACUGAUAGUAGGCAUUACAAGAAGCGGUGCCAAGGACGCAUGCGGAAGCACGUGGGGGACUUGUGCCUGCAGGCUGGGAUGCUGCAGGACUCCUUGGUGCACUACCACAUGUCAGUGGAGCUGCUUCGCUCAGUGAAUGACUUCCUGUGGCUGGGGGCUGCCCUGGAAGGGUUGUGUUCUGCUUCUGUCAUCUAUCACUACCCUGGAGGGACCGGCGGCAAGGCUGGGUCUCGGAGGCUGCAGGGCAGCUCACUUCCGGCUGAAGCAGCCAACAGACAUCGACCAGGGGCACAGGAAGUUCUCAUUGAUCCAGGUGCCCUCACGACCAACGGCAUAAACCCCGACACCAGCACUGAAAUCGGGCGUGCCAAGAACUGCCUCAGCCCCGAGGACAUCAUCGACAAGUACAAGGAGGCCAUUUCCUACUACAGCAAGUACAAGAAUGCUGGAGUGAUUGAAUUGGAAGCCUGUGUCAAAGCUGUACGUGUCCUGGCAAUUCAGAAGAGGAGCAUGGAAGCUUCGGAAUUUCUGCAGAAUGCAGUGUAUAUUAAUCUUCGACAGCUUUCUGAAGAAGAGAAAAUCCAGCGCUACAGCAUCCUCUCCGAGCUCUACGAGCUGAUCGGCUUCCACCGCAAGUCCGCCUUCUUCAAGCGUGUGGCGGCCAUGCAGUGCGUGGCCCCGAGCAUUGCGGAGCCUGGCUGGAGGGCCUGCUACAAGCUCCUCCUGGAGACGCUGCCUGGCUACAGUCUGUCACUGGACCCAAAGGACUUUAGCAAAGGUACACACAGAGGCUGGGCUGCUGUCCAGAUGCGUCUGCUUCACGAGCUGGUCUAUGCCUCCCGGAGAAUGGGGAACCCUGCGCUGUCCGUGAGACACCUGUGCUUCCUCCUGCAGACCAUGCUGGACUUCCUGUCGGACCAGGAGAAAAAAGACGUGACUCAAAGCCUGGAGAGCUACACAUCCAAGUGCCCUGGCACCAUGGAGCCCAUCACUCUCCCCGAUGGCCUCACCUUGCCCCCGGUGCCCUUCACCAAGCUGCCCAUCGUCAGGUGUGUGAAGCUGCUGAGCCUUCCUACCAGCCUUCGGCCCCAGAAGAUGAAGAGCUUGCUGGGCCAGAGCGUGUCGACCAAGAGCCCCUUCAUCUAUUCACCAAUCAUUGCACACAACCGUGGAGAGGAACGGAGCAAGAAGAUAGAUUUCCAGUGGGUUCAAGGAGACGUGUGUGAGGUUCAGCUGAUGGUGUACAACCCAAUGCCAUUCGAACUCCGCGUUGAGAACAUGGGGCUCCUCACCAGUGGCGUGGAGUUCGAGUCUCUCCCUGCUGCGCUUUCCCUUCCUGCAGAAUCUGGUCUGUACCCGGUGACACUUGUUGGGGUGCCGCAGACAACCGGAACGAUCACUGUGAACGGCUACCGUACCACUGUCUUUGGUGUCUUCAGUGACUGUCUGCUAGAUAACCUCCCGGGAAUCAAAACCAGUGGCUCUACCGUUGAAGUCAUUCCCGCCUUGCCAAGACUACAGAUCAGCACGUCUCUACCCAGAUCCGCACAUUCGCUGCAGCCCUCAUCUGGUGAUGAGAUAUCUACUAACGUGUCCGUCCAGCUGUACAAUGGAGAAACUCAGCCACUCAUCAUUACACUGGAAAAUAUUGGAACGGAGCCACUGGAGAAACUGGAAGUCACCUCGAAAAUUCUCACCACCAAGGAAAAGCUAUACGGUGACUUCUUGAGCUGGAAGCUGGAAGAAACCCUGGCCCAGUUCCCGCUGCAGCCUGGGAAGGUGGCUACUUUCACCAUCAGCAUCAAGGCGAAGCUGGACUUUUCCUGCCAGGAGAAUCUCCUCCAGGACCUCAGCGAUGAUGGAAGCAGUGUGAGCGGCUUCCCCCUGUCCAGUCCUUUCCGACAAGUCGUCCGUCCCCGAAUGGAGAGCAGGCCCUCCAACGCCCCCGAGGGCAGCAAGACUGGGGACCUCAGCCACCUGAAGACUCUGGAAGCCAUCCUGAAUUUCAAGUACUCGGGAGGCCCAGGCCAUGCUGAAGGGUAUUACCGGAGCCUCUCCCUGGGGCUGCACGUGGAAGUCGAGCCGUCUGUGUUUUUCACCAGAGUCAGCACACUCCCAGCAACCAGUACCCGGCAGUGCCACUUGCUUUUGGACGUCUUCAACUCCACGGAGCACGAGCUGACCAUCGGUGCCAGGAACAACGAGGAGCUCACCCUGCAUGCCGGCGAGUGCCAGCGAAUGGCCAUACAAGUGGACAAGUUCAACUUUGAGAGUGUCCCGGAAUGCCCAGGAGAGAAGGGGCAAUUUGCAAAUCCGAAGCAGCUGGAAGAGGAGAGGCAGGAAGCCCGAGGCCUGGAGGUGAACAGCAGAUUGGACAUCCGCUGGAGGAUCCCUUCUCUGACGCGCAGCGGGGAGGCGAGCGUGGAGGGUGUUCUGAGCCAGCUGGUCCUGGAGCACCUGCAGCUGGCUCCCCUGCAGUGGGACGUGCUGGUGGACGGACAGCCCUGUGACUGCGAGAAGGCGGCGGCCUGCCGGGUGGGCGACCCUGUGAGCCUGGAGGUGCGGCUGACCAACCGGAGCCCGCACAGCGUGGGCCCCUUCGCGCUCACGGUGCUGCCCUUCCAGGACCACCAGAACGGUGUGCACGACCGCGAGCUGCAGCACACGCUGUCCUUCGUGGGCUCCGGCACCUUCUACCUCGAUGCGGUACAGCCCUCAGGCCAGGCGUCCUGCCUCGGGGCCCUCCUCUUCCUCUACACCGGGGACUUCUUCCUGCACAUCCGGUUCCACGAGGACAGCAAGAGCAAGGAGCUGCCGCCGUCCUGGUUCUGCUUGCCCAGUGUGCACGUGCGCGCCCUGGAGGCCUAGGCCUGAGUCCCCUGCUGGCCCCAGUCCCUGGGACAGGGGAGGCCGGCCUCCACCCCACCCCACCGCAGGCCUGAGGCCUUCCUGCAGCUGCCCUCUCCUCCUCCCCCCUCACACCCUGUCCUCUCUCCCUUCUCCUGGGGAGUCCGCUGGGCUUCCCAGGAGCCCCGCUGGGCCCUUGCCCUCUGCCCACACUGUGCGGGGGCCCUCAGGAGCUGACCAGGCCCCAGGCCAGUGCGGGGAGCGCUGCACCUGCUCCGGACAAGCCCCACACCGCUCACCGCUGGAGCCCGUCCCUGCUCCCGCCCUGGCCAUGGGAAGGCAAGCAUGAGGGUGGGCACCCCAGAGGGCCUGGGCACCUCCCUGCCAGCCACCUUUGGCCCUAGGAAUGUCCUGAGGGCCAGCUCUCUCCUUGGAGGCUCUGAGGGCAGCCCAGGCAGGGCGAAGACGUCAUGGCUGUGCCAGGCUAGGCCUGGGGCUCCCCACCUGGGCGGGGUUCUGUCUGGGAGCCGGCCCUGGGUCCCUGUCUGUGACGCGUUCUCCAAUAAAGAGUCUCCCUCGCUGCCUCUGCA